ACAUCAGAGUCAAGUGGUCGGAUCAUGUUGCUUAUCAACACAAGCAAUCGACUCGGAAUAAAAUCUACUGAUAAGUCUCGAAUCGAAUGUUUGAUUAAAGGUGAUAGUGAAGUGAGCGGCGUCGAUAGUGUGAAGGUAAACGUAGUUGCCUCUCACCCUAGUCGGCCUAGGUUCAAUCCGAGUCGACGUCGCCGGCAUUUCUGUGGCAGCAAUGUAUGAUCACGCCUUCCCUCGGAUGCGAAGUAAAACCAUAGACUAAAACCGUCGUAGGUUUCGGCAUGUAGGGGAUCAGGCUGGGUUGGCAUUGCGCACAGAUACUGCACGGUCGUUUGUGAAAACCCAUUAGUUCGCGUACAGUUCACGCGCACCGCCAGCGUCGGCCAACUUCCUACAACAAGACAGAACAAGUACAGUCGUCGUACCGAACGGUCGACAAAAAAACGUUUUCUUUUAGCUUUGCAAAAUCAUUAAAAUACAGUCCAUUAUUAUUCCCCGCGUACAUUUUGGACCUUCGUCGCCGGAUAAUUCGCGAAACCGCUAUGGAAUCGAUUCGCAGACGUCGCGAUGUGCUUUUCGAGCGCAUGAAGUGGGAGCUGAAAAAUGCGAGUGUGGUGGAAAAAAGGCAGCCCCCUGCUGGUGAAAUUCAGGAGCGCUUGCACAAACUUUCGGACCUUUGUGAACAAUUUGAUAAAGCGCAAAGUGAAAUCGAAAAACAACCAUCAGUAUUCGUGGAAAUCAACUCAAUUUUACCCCUUCGGUUCGAAUUCGAGAAAAUGUACUACAAAGUGAAAGGGUGCUACAUCAUGCUCCUCGAUAAACGUAACCCCCACGGAAGCAGCGAAGGAACUAUCGUCGAACCAGCGGAUGAUCUGAAGGAGGCAAUCAGGUUGCUUCUGGAUUCGCAGCGAAUCCUGAUGACGUCCCAGGCUGCAGCUUCGAACACGGUGUCGCAGUUGGCUGGCCAAGUCGGUUCCGUUAGCCUUUCCCAUCCGGUUGCUGACGCUCAGGCGUCCGGGGGCCAUGUUCCGCUGGAGGUACGGUUGCCAACGAUUGCCCUGCCAGUCUUCAAAGGUGACUGGAAACAGUGGCCAUCCUUCAAGGACCUCUUCGAAAGCUGCAUCCAUUCGAAGAACCUGAAAAACUCCGUGAAGCUUCAGUACCUGCUUUCCCACCUGGAUGGGGAGGCGAAAAAAAUGGUUAGCUCUUACGCUAUCACCGACGCCUACUACGUGGGGGUAUGGGACCGGCUCAACGAGUUUUACGGUAAGAAAAAGUGCACUGUCGCGGCACUCGUCAAGGAGUUUGUGGACCAGCCGCCAGUUACUGCGCCAACCCUCGUCGGACUCCGCAAGCUUACCUCUACCUCGGAUGAUGUAGUGCGGCAGCUCAAGGCCCUAGGAGAGGAGUACGAAACUCGUGACCCGUGGCUUAUCCAUUUGCUCCUUAAGAAACUCGACCGAGAAACCCAAGCGCUGUGGGCCCAAAUGCUGGUCGAUGAGGACAAUCCCAGCUUUCAAGAUUUUAUCACGUUCCUUAAGCGGCGAUGCGAGGCCUUGGAAACCUGCGCGUCCUUUUCCAAGAAGGGGACCGAUGCCACAACGAAGAAGGAGCAGGAGCGGAAAGUGGAUCCAAACACGAAGGACCGAAAAGUCAGCCCGGGUGAACCAACGACUAAAUGGCUUCCAUCUCACCUGGAGCAGAGCGAUUCCCUCGACACAGCUCAACGAGACACGCAAAUACUCUUCAGGAAGUUUCGCUCUGUGCUGAACAAAUUGACGUCGGAUAACUUGUUCGGGCUAGUGGAUCAGGUAAAAUCCUUCGCCAUUGACACCGACGAACGGUUGGACGGUUGUGUCGAACUGUUUUUCCAGAAGGCCAUCUCAGAACCUAUGUUCGCCGAAGUUUACGCAAGGAUGUUUAAGGAAAUUGGAACGAUUGUGGUGGUUAACGACGCUUCCAAGGAGCGUUCCUUCAGUUUCAAGAUGCAAAUGGUGACACAGUGUAAAGAUAAUUUUGAACGUCGCCAAGGUCCGAACAAGGAACCAAUUGGAGAAUUGAAGACACAAUGUGAGCAGACACUACAGGAAGAACGACGACGAUACGUUGGAACUGUUCGAAUCAUCGGAGAGCUUUACAAAAUGAAACAACUGACAAGCUCCGUCAUGAAAAGUUGUAUUAUGCAGCUGCUUGAGACUGGAUCGAAAGAUUGUUCUGAAGAAGACUUGAAAUGCUUGUGCGUGCUUCUUACCACCAUUGGUCGUAAAAUGGAGGUAGACAAUGGUAAAAAUUUGGGUCCAUAUUUUGAAAAGGUGCACGACAUUUUGCAUAACAAGGAAAAGUAUCGACUCAGCAGAAAAAUUCGCUUUGCCAUCCAGGAUGUGAUGGAAUUACGGCAAAAUGGAUGGACAACAAAGCAACGGGGUCAAGAUCAGCGGACAGCUGAACCUACCCGAGAUUAUCGAGGUACCGUGCAACGCGGGUCCGGCAGGUGGAUUAAUUUCGGUGGCCGUGUCUACGAACGAGACAACAGGGCACAAUCCUGGAGAUUGGGAAACAGAAAUCCAUCAGUGAAUUUGGAACAACUGUUGCUGAACAACAUCGAACGGGACGAAGUCUCGCGAAAAACGGUUGCCCACUAUGUGGCCCAGAUGUUCAAGGAGAAGGCCAUUGCCAAGGUCGACUAUCUGCAAGCUCUCAAGAAGGUUUUCGAGCAGGCCGAUGAUCUUAUCAUCGAUAUUCCCGAGCUUUUCAAGUUCAUUAGCAUCUUCUAUGUUAGACUCCUGAAUAUGGCUUACAUCGACCUGAGAGAUAUACGAUACGUGGCGCGAAGCGUGCUGCCCAAAUAUGGCACGGUCAUUCUCCGUGAACUUCUGCUUCAGUAUCGAGCGCUCUAUGGGUUGGGUGACACCGCGAAGCUGUGGUUCGAAUCGGCUCUCAAAUGGACCGAUUUCAUCACUAUGGACAAUCCGAAGCAGAUUGAGCAAUAUCUGAUGGAUUCCGAACUGGAAUACCUGGUGGACAUUGUAAAGUUUGAACAGCAGUUUCAAUCUAGCUUGAUCAGCGCGGAGGAAGGCAUGGGCGAUUUGCAUUUGAACUAGGCAGCAUCCGUUGCUGUCGAAUACUUUAUAGGUACAACGCAGGGUGCGUUUUACAAAUAAUUGAAAUGUAAAACUGAAGAUAUGCUUUAUAAAUGUUUGUUAUACGGCUACGAAGGAUUAGAAAUAUAGAUCAAAGGAUAA